AUGAUCCCCAACCAGACGACAAUCCAAUUUUCUGCGGGGCAAUGGCUCGAUGUCUAUGUUCCGAGCGUGUCUAAGGCCGGAGGUUUCACCAUAACCUCUGCGCCCUCGGCUGCAGUUGCGCAACAGGGACUAGAUGGCCAGGUACCACAGGCCUAUCUUGAACUGGCUAUCCAGAAGUCGCCAGAUAAUCCACCAGCUGCUUGGCUCUGGCAGCCUGUCCCAGUAAUCAUGAAUGCUGAAGUCAAGGUUCGCGUUGGAGGCAGCUUUGUCUGGCCGCCGGCCGGUAUCGACGCCUCGUCACUUCGCAAGGUGGUGCUUGUGGCUGGUGGUGUCGGCAUCAACCCCUUGAUGAGUAUCCUCACCGCCAUUGCGGAUGACGUGAAGCAUGGAAAAGUUUCUGAGAUUUGUGAAGUGACAAUGCUUUAUUCGAUGAAGGACCCCGGGCCACCGAGAGAUGUAAAGAAAAUGCUGUUUCUGGAGAGAAUUACCUGGCUCUUCGCAAAAAGGGUGGUUCGGGGGACGUUUCGGUUAUUUCUCACACGACCCCUUGACAACCAGCAAAGGAAUGCUGUUUCUAAUAUGGAGGAUGGCAUGGUGAACUGCCAAGGAUCUGAAGUGAAAUUCACCAGCAGAAGAAUAUCCCUAUCCGAUAUUGCAUCAGCUGUUGGGGAUGACAGAGACUCGGCAGUGGUAUACGUUUGCGGUGUUCCUACCAUGACUGAUGAAAUGGUAGAGAAACUGGUCUCCAAUGAUGGUCUGGGCAUGAAGCGCGACAGAAUCUUGUUCGAGAAGUGGUGGUGA